UACUAAAGACGAACCUUCUUCAAGUCGGAUAGUCUUUGACCCGACCAACCGCCCUGUACCCACUGGCAUACAACUUCCCAUUCCUAUACUGAGAACUCAAAUCUGUAACUAGGUAUAAAGGCUAUACAGUCAUCCACAGAAUCGAUCAUAGCCCAACAAGGAAAGUGCUAGAUGGCAUUGAGGCGGUUCUUUGGGUUUUCUGAUGGUGAGCUAAUGCGGUCGGAUUCAAAACCAUGUUCCAGAUUGACUAGACAGACGGCUGGGAUUUUUACCGUUGGAGGAGGAUUAGCAUUUUGGAUUCUUUGUAGAUUGCACUAUGGUCCCAGAAUUACGGUUCCAAGGAGUCUUAGGUGGGCAGCUUGUGGAGCAGUAUCUGUUAGCUCAACCUCUGCUUUACUCGUUCGCUUAUUUAGUCCUGAAUGUGAACCCCAAAACAUAGCUGCUUAUGACAAGGGAAAGUAGUGGUAGGUUGUUCAUGAAGGUUAAAGCUUGUCUUAAUCUAUUUUCUGAGUCUUUUAUGCAGGACCAAUCUUAUUACCCGUUCCCAAGAUAAGCUACCAAGAUAUAAAUUCAUGGCAUGCUAUGCUGUUUGCCUAGAAGUGCAUCUGUUAAUUACAUUAUAAGCAGGUUUCUAAAAUGUUUGUCUUACAUGAGAAAGUUGUUGUCUUUAAUUUAGUAUAA